AUGGUUCAAGGAGACAUAAAAACUCGCUUUCUCAUCAUAUCUGAUACCCAUGGCGCGAGCCUCUUCGACGAGGCCGACAGUGUCCGAAACUAUGACAGUGAUGAUAGCCUGGGUUCUCAAAGGCCCGAUCAGACGGUGAUCAAUGGCUUCCGCAGACCUCUGCCGAAAGCCGAUGUGGCUAUCCAUUGCGGAGAUCUUACCUACGACUCCUUGCUGAAAGAGUACGAGGCCACCUUCAAUCUGAUGCAUGAGAUCGACGCGCCCCUGAAGCUGGUCAUCGCAGGGAAUCACGAUGUGACUCUCGACGCCCCCUACUGGGAACGCAAGAUAAGCUGGCUGGACGACUACGCGCAAGCUGAGAGGGCGCAGUAUCCUGCCAGGACGUACGAGCUGGUCGAGCGCGCCAGACAAGCCGGCAUCCACCUCCUCGACGAGGGAACCUACCACUUCGUGCUGCCGAGUAACGGAGCUCGUCUAACCGUUUUUGCCAGCCCGUGGACGCCCGACUACGGCAGCUGGGCCUUCCAGUACCGCGGGCCGCACGACUUCGCCAUCCCCGAUGGCGUCGACCUCGCCAUGACCCACGGCCCGCCGCGCAACGUCCUCGACCGCACGCUGUUCGGCGCCAGGGCGGGCUGCCGUCACCUCCUCGACGCCGUGUCGCGCGCGCGGCCCCGCAUGCACUGCUUCGGGCACAUCCACGAGGGCUGGGGCGCCAAGCUGGUGACAUGGAAGCCGAAAGUGGACGGGUUCCGGCCUCCCCCCGCGGCGCCGGCCGGGCUCCUCGCCCCACCGCAGAGGCUGGCGCCGCCGGGCGCGGAGCAGCAGGCGCCCGACGAGGUGCUGGGGCUGGACGCGCUCGACGUGCACGCCGCGGACCCGGCGACGCGGGCGGCGAACCUGGAGCGCGCGAACCGGUACGCGCGCGAGCGGUGCGUCUCGGUGAGCCUGUGCGCGGGCGACGCCAAGACGCUCGAGCAGGGCCGGCACACGCUGUUUGUCAACGCGGCGAUCAUGAACAUUGGCUACAAGCCGUACCAGCUGCCGUGGCUGGUGGACCUGGAGCUUCCGCCGCCGGACGAGGAGCAUCUGAGGAAGGCCGAGGCGACGACGGCCAUUUUGCAGAGGGAUAGGAGGUUGAACGUAUCAUAA